AUGAGUCGUGCUGAAGUUGAUUUACAAACUAGUGUCAAGAAAGCUUGUAAUAGUGAUGAAGUUCCUCCUAAAAGAAAACAUGUAAGAGCUUGUAUCGUAUAUACUUGGGAUCAUAAAAAUUCCCGUGCGUUUUGGAAUGCGGUUAAAAUUCAACCUUUACAAAGUGAUGAAAUUCAAUUAUUUAAAGCUCUUAUUAUGAUUCAUAAAGUUUUACAGGAAGGACAUCCAAACACUUUGAAAGAUGCUUAUAGAAAUCGAGAUUUUAUUGCAUCUUUAGCUACAGUUUUCCCUACUCAUGGAUCGGCUUAUGGUAGAUUAAUUAAUCAAUAUGAUAAGUAUAUUCUUCAAAAAUUAGAUUUCCAUCGUAAUAAUCCUGGGUUUAAUGGUACUUUUGAAUACGAGGAGUAUAUUUCAUUAAGAGCCGUAAAUGAUCCUAAUGAAGGUUAUGAAGCUAUAUUACAAUUGAUGGAUUUACAGGACCUGAUUAAUGAUCUUCAAAAGCUUAUCUUUGCAAGUAUUUAUCAUACACAAAGUAAUUUAUGUAAAGUUAGUGUAUUAGUACCAUUAAUAUCUGAAUCUUAUGGAAUUUAUAAAUUUUGUAUUUCAAUGUUGAAAGCAAUGUACCAACAAUUAGGAGCUGAUGAAGCUUUGACGGUUCUUCUUGAUCGUUUUGAGUCUCAACAUUUUAUGCUCAGAGGUUUUUAUACAGAUUGUCAUUCAAUUAAGUUUUUAACGAGUUUGAUUACAAUUCCAAAACUACCAAAUAAUUCUCCUAAUUUACAAGUUAAUGAGGAUGGUGAACCUAUCAAUAGAUCCAUCGAGAAUACUCCAUCUAAUGUUUCUUCUCAAUCAACUGCUAACUUUGAAGCUCCUUCAAAUCCUCCUCCACCACCCGUUGCAGAUCUGUUAUCAACUCAACAAACUGGUUAUUUGUAUCAGCAACAAAAAGAGCAAGAAAGAAUGCAACAAGACUUAGAAUUACAACGUCAAUAUCAGAUUCAACAACAGCAAGAACAUCAACGUCUUUUCGAACAACAACAGCAAGAACAAGAACAAAGGUUUUUAAGAGAACAACAAGCACUACAAAUGCAACAAACACAGCAACAUCAAGGUAGGGUUUCCGAAUUGGAGCAUGAUUUGUUAAUGUUUAAAAAACAGUAUGAUAAUGAUCAACAACUUUUACUGCAAUAUGAUUCAAGGGUUAAGAGCUUGGAAAAUGAAAUGGCUGCUUUUAACAAUACCGCUAGUCAACAAGUUGCUGCAAAAGAUGAACAAAUGAAAAAUUUGGAAGAUCAGAUCUUUAACUGGACAAAAAAGUAUGAAUCACUUGCUAAAUUAUAUUCGCAAUUACGUCAAGAACACUUGAAUUUAUUAGCUAAAUUUAAAAAAAUUCAACAAAAGAUUAGUAGUGCUCAGGAGUCUAUUAUGAAGAAAGAAAAACUCGAAAAAGAUUUAAAAGCAAAAAAUGUAGAACUAGCAGAUUUAAUUCGUGAAAGGGAUAGAGCAAGAUUGGACUUGGACAGAUUAAAAGCAAGUAAAGACAAGGAAAUUGAUAAACUUGAGGCUGAAGUUAGAGAAUUGAAUACAUCAGCGAAAGAAUCAGGAAAAUUACAAAAUUUGAAUUUGAGUUCAAUAAUGUCACAACAUGAAUCCGAAUUAAAUAAAUUAAAACAACAAUUAGCUGAUAGAGAAUUAAAAUUGAAUGGAUUAGAAGAUUCCAACUCUUUACAAGCAAGAUUGAAGGAUAAAGAAAUGGAAUUGGAAAUUUCAAAUGAAGCAUUGGAAAACGCAUACGAAGAAUUGGGUAGAUUAAAAAUUGACCAAGAUGAUAUCAUCAAUGAACAAAUUGACCAAAUAAUAAUUUCCCAAAUUUCCAAGUACAAAAAUCUUGUUGAUGUCUUUUUAGAGAAUAGCAUUAAAAGAGUUCUUGAUUCUAAGCAUGAAUUAGAUUCGCCAAUGCAAGCUGGAAAUUUAAAUUCAACUCCAGAAUAUUUAUUAUCCAUAAUAGAACUAUGUUCAGAUACUGGAAGUGAUUUUGCUACAAUUUUUAAUUCUUACAUUGCUGAGGAUAAAAAUCAAGACGAGUCGACAUUUUCUGAUAUCAUAUUAGCUAGUUCAUCAUUGACAUCUUCAGUGAAUGACUUGAUGUUAAACACUAAGGGUUUGUUAAAGAGUUUUGGUGGAAGUGAAGAAGAAGAGUUACUCGCCUUAACUUUGGAAGUGUUGAAUGAUACUGAGUCGUAUUUUCGCAGUUUAAAAUCAGAGGAAUUACAAAAAUUGGAUAAUGAAGAUGAUAAAAUUGAUUUGGUGAUUGAAGGAAAUUAUCAAUUACAGACUUCCUUGAAGAAUCUCGGUUCGUUAGUUGAUACAUUUAAAGCAUCCAAUGGUGUCAAAUUCAAAGGGAAUUUAGAAGAUCUUGUUGAUAGUGAAAUGGAACAAGCAGCUAAAGCUGUUGAUAUGGCAUCAAAAUUUUUGACUGAUUUAAUGAAAAAUCCAAGUAUCAAUGGUGGUAAUAUUGAAGUCCAUGAGAUGCUAUUAUCAUGUGCAAAAUUGAUAACUGAUUCGGUCAAGGCAUUAAUUAAUGCCUCAGUAGAUUCACAACGUGAAAUAGUAAGCAAAACCGGUGGUCAACAAACUAGAACAGAAUUUUACAAGAAAAAUAAUCGAUGGACUGAAGGUUUAAUAAGUGCUUCAAAAGCUGUAGCUGGUGCAACAAAUGUAUUGAUCCACACAGCUGAUGGUGUACUAAAAAAUAGUAAUUCCCAUGAGGAAUUGAUUGUGGCUUCAAAUGAAGUUGCGGCUCUGACGGCUCAAUUGGUUGCAGCUUCUAGAGUUAAGGCUAAUUUUGUUUCUAAAACUCAAGAUAAAUUGGAAGUAGCAUCUGGUGAUGUAUCGCGUGCAUGCAAAGCAUUAGUUUCUAAGGUUCAGGAUUUAUUAUUUACAAAUGAGCUGAAAUCUCAUGAUAUUGAUUUGAAUAAAUUAACUCCAUAUGAAGGUAAAACCAUUGAAAUGGAGCAACAAGUGGAAAUUUUAAAAUUGGAAAACAAAUUGAAUGCAGCUAGAAAAAGAUUAGGUGAAAUUAGAAAACAUGGUUAUAAGGAUGACAAUAGUGAUGAUGAUGAAGAUGGAAACUGA